UGCAGCAGACGCGCCCCCAGCGCCAGCCAGCAGCUGCCCGCGCCUCCCGCCAGAGACGUCAAGAUCUUUCAGCCAUGACUAAACCCUUUUCCCGGAUUGUGGAGCCGCUGGAUGCCAGCCAGCCUGAGAAGAAAUUCUUCAAUUUGAACCACUUGGGCGACCCAAGAUAUGAACGCUUGCCGUUUUCUAUCAGAGUCUUGCUGGAGGCAGCAGUCCGCAACUGUGAUGAGUUCCUCGUGAAAAAGGACGAUGUUGAAAACAUUCUGAAUUGGAACAUAAUGCAACACAAAGUCAUUGAAGUGCCGUUUAAGCCUGCUCGGGUUAUCCUGCAAGACUUUACGGGCGUCCCUGCAGUGGUUGAUUUUGCUGCUAUGCGUGAUGCCGUGAAGGUGCUAGGAGGAGAUCCAGAAAAAAUCAACCCUAUCUGUCCUGCUGAUUUAGUCAUUGACCAUUCCAUCCAGGUUGACUUUAACCGGAGGCCAGACAGUUUACAGAAGAAUCAAGAUCUGGAGUUUGAAAGGAACAAAGAAAGAUUUGAGUUCUUAAAGUGGGGCUCCCAAGCCUUCCAGAACAUGAGGAUUAUUCCCCCAGGCUCUGGGAUUGUCCAUCAAGUGAAUUUAGAGUACUUGGCCAGAGUGGUCUUUGAUCAGAAGGGAUAUUACUAUCCGGACAGUGUCGUGGGCACUGAUUCCCAUACCACCAUGAUUAAUGGCUUAGGAGUGCUUGGCUGGGGCGUUGGUGGCAUUGAAGCAGAAGCUGUGAUGCUGGGCCAACCAAUCAGCAUGGUGCUUCCUGAAGUGAUUGGCUACAGAUUGACAGGAAAUCCUCAACCGCUUGUCACAUCCACAGACAUCGUGCUCACUGUUACCAAGCAUCUACGCCAGGUUGGGGUUGUGGGUAAAUUUGUCGAGUUCUUUGGGCCUGGGGUCACUCACCUGUCCAUUGCUGAUCGAGCCACCAUUGCCAACAUGUGCCCAGAGUAUGGAGCAACUGCAGCCUUCUUCCCUGUGGACGAAGUUAGCAUCCAGUACCUGGUUCAGACUGGCCGUGAUGACGAAAAGAUUAAGUAUAUAAGGAAAUACCUUCAGGCUGUCGGAAUGUUCAGAGAUUUUAGUGAUUCAUCACAGGACCCAGCUUUUACCCAGAUUGUGGAGUUGGAUUUAAAGACUGUCGUACCUUGCUGCAGUGGCCCAAAGAGGCCCCAGGACAAAGUGGAGGUCUCCGAAAUGAAGAAGGAUUUUGAGACCUGCUUAGGAGCCAAGCAAGGUUUUAAAGGCUUUCAAAUUGCCCCCGAGCGCCAGAGCAACCAUGUGAAAUUUGUUUAUAAUGACAAGGAGUUUGAACUCACUCACGGAUCAGUUGUGAUUGCUGCCAUUACCAGCUGUACCAACACUAGUAAUCCAUCUGUUAUGCUGGGUGCAGGAUUGCUUGCAAAAAAAGCUGUGGAAGCUGGCCUGACUGUGAAGCCAUACAUUAAAACUAGCCUUUCUCCCGGAAGUGGGGUGGUCACUUACUAUCUGAGAGAAAGCGGAGUGAUGCCUUACCUUGCUCAACUAGGGUUUGAUGUGGUGGGUUAUGGAUGUAUGACCUGCAUCGGCAACAGUGGGCCUCUACCAGAAUCCAUCGUUGAAGCCAUUACUCAGGGAGACCUUGUAGCUGUGGGUGUGCUGUCUGGAAACAGGAACUUUGAAGGCCGGGUCCAUCCAAAUACUCGUGCCAAUUACCUGGCCUCACCACCUUUGGUAAUCGCCUAUGCUAUUGCAGGAACUAUAAGAAUUGACUUUGAGAAGGAACCCCUAGGUGUAAAUGCAGAAGGGAAGAAGGUCUUUCUAAAAGACAUUUGGCCCUUGAGAGAGGAGAUCCAAGCUAUAGAGCGCCAGCAUGUCAUUCCAGGGAUGUUUAAAGAAGUCUACCAGAAAAUAGAGGUGAGGCAUAAAUCAUCAAACCAUGUUAGAUUUUGCAAUAUUGUCUUUUCAUAUGUCUGCCCGUUGCUGCAUUUGUACAUUCGUUCUCCUACUAAGUUCUGAUACUUGGAUACAUGUGGUGCUGUUGUUUCAUUAUAAUUUCAGACUUUGGAGCUUCAGCCUCCUAAAUCCAUAGUUGAUGCCUACGUCCUGCUAAAUCUUGGGGAUUCUGUGACAACCGAUCAUAUAUCUCCAGCUGGGAAUAUAGCAAGGAACAGUCCAGCUGCCCGUUACUUAACCAGCAGAGGAUUAACCCCUAGAGAGUUCAACUCGUAUGGUUCACGCCGAGGCAAUGAUGCUGUUAUGGCAAGAGGAACUUUCGCAAACAUACGCUUACUGAACAAAUUUCUCAGCAAACAGGCACCCCAAACCAUACAUUUCCCUUCAGGAGAAACUCUUGAUGUGUUUGAUGCUUCAGAAAGGUACCAGCAAGCAGGCCACUCUCUCAUCGUGCUGGCUGGUAAGGAAUAUGGUUCUGGAAGCUCCCGGGACUGGGCUGCCAAGGGGCCUUUUCUGCUGGGCAUCAAUGCAGUCCUUGCAGAGAGCUAUGAGCGUAUUCAUCGCAGUAAUCUGGUCGGAAUGGGUGUGAUUCCGCUGCAGUAUUUGCCAGGCGAGGAUGCCAAGAGUCUAGGGCUGACGGGUCGGGAACGUUACACAAUCAUCAUUCCUGAAAAGCUGGUGCCCAGAUUGAAUGUACAAAUCAAACUAGAUACAGGGAAGACCUUCCAGGCAGUCAUGAGGUUCGACACUGACGUGGAACUCACUUAUUUCCGGAACGGGGGCAUCUUGAACUAUAUGAUUCGCAAGAUGGCAUCCUAGUCCCGACUGCGACUGAGCCAGUGUCCAAUUAUUAUGAAACCUGCCCUUUUUUUUGUAACAAGAGUUGCACAGAAAUCAUGGAUCACGAUAUAGCCUCUACAGUCUGAUGUGAAUUGGUUAUGUGUGUCUUAUUGAAAGGGGAUGCUUGACACGGCUUAAGACUGUGAGCCUGGGUGUCUUGCCCACCAGACCAGCCUAGGUUGAUUGUUAUUACUCGUCCCACCGACAGCACCUUUGUCUAUUUUGUAUUGGGGAGGAGUAGACUGACAAAUUUUGCGAAGACAGGCUGAUGCAGUAAAAGAACUCCCUGGCACCUCUUCACCCCUUUUAUUUCAACUGACUGGACUGUUUCUUACCCAUCUGACAUUGGAUUAACAGUCCCAGACUAACAGUUAUCAUUGUCUCCUUUCUAUUAAAACAGUUAUUUAGAAUCCCUUUUUGAGACUACUGCUGAAAUGAUUACAAAGUGCUUAGCUGUUCUGUAUUAACAGUAUAUAUGCUCUCUCAAGCUCCCCGACUUGUUCUUCCUAGCCUUUAUUUUAGGGGAAAUCUGUUUGGGGGGGGCACAAAGACCAUUUAUAAUUAGAUCUAUAUUCCCCCC